GGUCUUCAUAAUUUUAAUGAUUUUUGGAUUCGUGCAUUAUGAAGGGAGAAUCGAUAUCUUAGUGAGGUACUGAUCCUAAAGUCGUUCGUAAUAUGAACGAGAGAACGCGAGGAUUCAUAAUACAAACGAGCGCGAAUAAGUUCGUAUUCGUAUUAUGGAAGCACAGGAAUUGUUCAUAUUAUGAACACGAGGUUCAUAAUAUAAACCCAGGUAGAACACAAUCGUCAAAAACUCGCAAAUGACCCUAAUUUGGCGUGAAAAUAAAUAAGCUCAUUCAGGUUACCUAGCCGCAGUAAAUGUUGACGAUCAGCGUCAAAAUGAGGCCAUUUUGACAUCAUUUUGUCAAACGUGUUCUACCUGGGAACAGAAGCGUUUUGAGAGUGUAUGUUGUCACUGUCCUAACGAGCAGGUUUCACAUAUCUUUUUGUCAAUAGGGCCCCUACAUUAGUUACGGCGAACGCUUUUACAUGUGUGAACCCGACGACCGUCCCCUUCCCUGGAGAUGGUUUUUGCGUGCGACUCACUUCAACCCAUAUAAACCAAAAGAGUUGCAACGCCUGACAGGCAAUAUCACAGUUACAAAUGGAACUUUUGAUGACAACUGUUCGGGAGAGGUAACUGCAGCUGCUCGUUCAAAUAACCAAUGGAAGGAAAACGCCUUUGUCGCCCGAUUUAGAAACAAAGGAUGUCAGGCUGUUAAAGAAAAUAUUCCUGGCUUUUACAAUCUGUUUAAGGACAAAGAAGUGAAAGGCACAGGCAUGUGCAAGUUUCCGACUGGACUUUACGAGGUCAAUAAUGCCCCAGUGAACUGGAGUUUCCCAAACUUUCCAAUCCUACCUUAUGGGCAAUAUAGGUUCAGACUCAAGGCUCUCAAAGCUGAAACCCUGAUGGCAUGCUUGCUGGUAGAUGCUAAGGUUGUUCCGAGACUCGGGUAGAACUACACUGCUUAUGGUUACUUUUUUGCUGUACACAUUCCACAAUAUGUUGCAGCUUUUGCGUGGGGUACAAUUAUAUGAUUAAAACUGGGGAUAAUACUAUCGUUUUCUUUAUUGAAAUUGAGCAAGCUUGCUCUGUUCGC